AUGAAGAUAAUAAGCAACCUAGGAAGUAUGAACAUUACUCUCUUUCACUUAUGUUUCUUUGGAUUUCUUUUUGUAAUUUUAAAUUUUACUUUAGAUAAUUCCAAUUUUUCUAAUGGAGGAGAUAUUUUGUUGAAUAGAAAUUUGUCAGAGGAAAAAGCAGAGGAUGAUUAUAAAAAAUCUUCUAGCUGCUCCUCCUUAGCAUCAACAACAAAACGAUCACCAUCAACAGCAUCAACAUCAACAUCAUUAAGAUCAGCAUCAACAGCAUCAACAGCAUCAACAUUAAGAUCAGCAUCAACCGCAUCAACAGCAUCAACAGCAUCAACAGCAUCAACAGCAUCAACAGCAUCAACAGCAUCAACAGCAUCAACAGCAUCAGCAGCUUCAACAACACGAUCAGCAUCAGCAGCUUCAACAACACGAUCAGCAUCAGCAGCUUCAACAACACGAUCAGCAUCAGCAGCUUCAACAACACGAUCAGCAUCAACAGCUUCAACAGCACGAUCAGCAUCAACAGCAUCAACAGCAUCAGCAGCAUCAGCAGCUUCAACAACACGAUCAGCAUCAGCAGCUUCAACAACACGAUCAGCAUCAGCAGCUUCAACAACACGAUCAGCAUCAGCAGCUUCAACAACACGAUCAGCAUCAGCAGCUUCAACAGCAUCAACAGCAUCAACAGGUUCAACAUCAACAACACAAUCACCAUCAACAUCAACAUCAACAACACAAUCACCAUCAACAUCAACAUCAACAACACAAUCACCAUCAACAUCAACAUCAACAACACAAUCACCAUCAACAGGUUCAACAUCAGGUUCAACAACCCGAUUACCAUCAACCGGCUCAACAAUCCGAUUUCCAUCAACAGGCUCAUCAAGGUUGGAAGAUUAUGAGAAAGAAGGUAGUAACGUAGAUAUUACAGAGGAAGAAGAGAAAGAAGCAGAAUCAGUUGAUGAUAAUAAUAAAGAAGGAAAUGAAAGUGAUAAUAUAUAUUGUAUGCUUUGUAGUAGUAAUACUAGAGGAUUCGGUUGUGAUUGUAAAGAUGCUGCAAAUUAUAUAUUAAAGAAUUUAGAUUUGUAUGAUGAACAUGAAGCUAAAAAGCAUGCAUCAGAUAGAACAAAAACAUUUUCCAAAGAACUGUCAAAAUUAUUUAAAAAAUUGAGAACUAAAGAUCCUAAUAUGUUCAACAAGAACAAGAUUGUUUUUCAAGAUUUAUCAAAAAAACAUACAUGGGAUAAAUAUGAAUUACAUUUACCUGGUUUAGCACAUGGAAAAUAUAAUAAUGAAAGGGAUGUUGAAUUAAAUAAGAAAUUAAUUGAUUUAGAAGAUGGUUUUACAGAUACUCAAUAUAUACGUAAAUUAUAUUCUUUGAUUAAUGAAAAUGAAAAAGAAAAAUUUGAUGAUAUAAAAAGAAAGAUAUUAUGUUAUUGUGCAAGUAAAAAUAAAUCACUUCAUCGUACCCCUGAAGAAUCUGAACAAGCAUGGAAAUAUGUUCAAAAAUUAAUUAAAUUAUAUUAUAAUGAUUUUGAUAAGCAUUUUGAAAAAGUAUUUUUAAUAUGGUUAGCCUUAAGUGAAGGAUUUGAUGUUUUUGAAUAUAAGAUGCUUAUAGCAGCUAAUAGAUUAUUAUGGAGAAAAUUAUCUGACAAAGUUCAAGAAGAAUCUAAAGUCAUGAUACAAGAUUAA